AUGCCGGUGGGACAUCAAUUUAGUCCAUACACGUCAAAUGGUGGCUCCAUUAUGGCUAUCCAUGGUGAUGACUAUUGUGUCAUUGCUGGAGAUACCCGGCAAAGCGAGGGAUAUAAUAUUCAAACACGAUACAAGCCCAAAGUCUUUCGAUUGACCGACAAGGCAACUCUUGCCACGAACGGUUUCUCUGCUGACGCAGAAGCACUAGUAUCACGCAUUAAAAUUCGCCUCGAAAUGUAUCAACACACGCACGGUCGCUCGAUGCCGCUGCAUGCUAUCGCGCGCAUGCUCUCGACCAUCCUUUACAGCAAGCGCUUUUUCCCUUACUAUGUAUACAACAUCUUGGGCGGUAUUGAUGAGGAGGGUCGCGGUGCUGUGUAUGGUUAUGACCCCGUCGGCAGCUAUGAGCGCAUCGUUUGCUGUGCAAGUGGCGCCGCGCAGGGUCUGCUCCAGCCCUUCCUUGACAACCAGGUCAUGUUCAAGAACCAAAUGCCCACCCCAGAAACAUCUAUUCCAGAGCCUGGCCACCUGCCACUUCCUCAUGCACUGCGUAUUGUCAUGGAUUCAUUCACUUCAGCGACAGAGCGUCAUAUUGAGGUGGGAGAUGGCCUCGAAGUAUUCAUCGUCCGUUCUAUGAAACCACGUGCUUCGGAAGAGACGGCGACAACCGCGCAGCAGCCUGCCAUGGACAUUUCGCUAGAGCAGUUUGGUGCUGUGGAUGCUCUGGGCGGUGAGGACGCAUUUACGCCUGGUGCAUGCAUGGUGAUUCGACGAGAACUUAAAAAGGACUAG